AUGAGUCUCCGACUAGCUGCCCAGCGGCUGGCAGUGCCAGCAAGGACUGCGCAUACGGCAUUCAACACACCAAUCCCCGUUCUCUCCGCAACUCUUGGACCUACAGUUCAACGACGACACAAAUGGGCCUCCAAUCUCUUCAAGGGAUGGGGCAAGCCCCGAAAUAAGGGCGCCGAGACAGUGGCUUCCCUGGAUCCUACAUCUCAGCUUGACAACCCAAAGAGCCGCGAGGAAUACCUUCAAAAGAGCAUGUAUAGUGGUGUGGAGGACAAUAUUUUCCAAGACGAAAUCGAGACUGCGAGUCCGGAAGCCGCCCCCCCUGGCACCCCCGAGGUUGAGCAAAAGACGAAGGAGAACAUGGCAAUGGUGGUGGACCCUGAUCCUCGAAGCCGAGUCCGCUGGCAGCGUAAGAAGGUUAUCCAAAUGGUCCGUCGUAACGGUCGCUUGACCAAAGAUGAGCGCAUUCAGAUGACAGAGCGACAACUCUUGCACAAGAGCGAGUUCAUGCCCACGAGUGUCAAGAAGCUUGUCAUGUUGGCCCGCCAGAUCGCUGGCAAGCCCGUGGAUGAUGCUAUCCUGCAGAUGAAAUGGUCCAAGAAGAAGAUGGCAGCUGAGAUCGGAUACUACCUUGAAGAGGCUCGCGAUCUGGCUGUUGCCCAACGUGGUAUGGGACUUGGAAAGUUCAAUGAUGAAAUCUUAAAAACCCCCAAAAAGAUCCAGACUAUCGAUGGAAAGUGGCUCGAGAUUGAGGACCCUACACGCAUGUACAUCGCUCAAUCAUGGGUUGGAAGGGGUCCCUGGCGGGGAAAGAGAAUCGAUUACAAGGGUCGAGGACGUAUGGGUAUCAUCAGACACCCCAGCACAAGCCUGACUGUCUUGCUCAAGGAGGAGAAGUCAAGAAUACGAGAGUACGAUGAGCGCGUGGCCAAGAAGAACAAGAAGGGACCCUGGGUACAUCUGCCCAACCGACCUGUAUAUGGACAAAGACCAUACUAUUCGUGGUGA